UUGUAGAGAUUGUGUUAAGAUGGCUUCUGUUAACUCCCUCAUUUUCAAAGAUUAUGAGCUGAAGAUUGUUAACACAGAUGUUAUAGUGCCUGCUCUUCCAAUGCAGCAGCACAUCCUUCCUCUGUCAAAUCUAGAUCUCACUAUUCCUCCAGUUUCUGUGCAUGUGUUUUUCUGUUAUAAAAAUCCCUUUCCUAGGACUUUUGGAUCAGCAAUAUCUCAUUUGAGAAAUUCCCUCUCAAGGGUGUUGGUGUCCUAUUAUGUCUUUGCAGGAAGAUUGGUUACAGAUAGUAUUGGCCUAGCAAAGGUCCAUUGCAAUAGCAAGGGAGUUCUCAUGACCCAAGCUUAUGCUGCAGCUCCUCUUUCUACCCUUAAUUUAUACAACCCUGACGAGUCUGUUGAGGGGAAGCUUGUUCCUUUACUUUCAAAGCCCUCUGAAGAAGAUUGCCUCCCUGUCUUUGCUGUGCAGGUUACAGAGUUUAGCUGUGGAGGUAUUGUUGUUGGCUGUACAUUUGACCACAGAAUUGCAGAUGCAUACUCUGCGAACAUGUUUUUUACAAGUUGGGCAAAGCUUUCUAGAAAUGACUCGACUGUAUCUCCGAAUCCAACCUUUUCACGCUCCAUAUUGAGCCCUAGAGAUUCCCCCACAUGUUGUGCUGAAAUUGAAAAAAUGUAUGUGAGGCAUACUCCACAAGAAUCAGACCAAAAAAAACCUCACCCGCCUUGUUUAGCAAGUAGAAUUUACCGUCUAGAUGUGAAGAAGAUUAUGGAUCUUCAAUUGAAUGCAAACAAAGAUGGUAAAAAUUACACCAAAUUAGAGGUGUUCAGUGCUUACUUAUGGAAGCUACUGAUAUGCACCCAGAAGGUCCAGGACACUUUGAAUUGCAAAAUAGGAAUAGUUGUAGAUGGCCGCCCAUGCUUAAGGGAGAUUGGGGUUUCUGCUAAUUACUUUAGGAAUGUUUUGAUCUUGCCAUUUGCUGAAUCUAAUGCUCAUUAUGUUAGAAACAAACCGCUUUGUUGGAGUGCAGGGUUAAUUCAUGAUGCCAUACAAAGCGCAGCAAAUGAGGAGCACUUUCAAAGCUUAGUUGACCUGGUGGAGACUACAAAGCCAACACCUGUGUUAGCCAAGAUUUACUGCAGAGGAGAUGAAAAGGAGCCAUCAGGACCUGCAGUUUUGGUGUCUUCUGGACUGAGGUUUCCUUUGUAUGAGGUUGAUUAUGGAUGGGGAAAGCCUACGUUUGCAAGCUACCAUUUCCCUUGGGGCGGUGAAGCAGGGUAUGUAAUGCCAACUCAUAGCCCUGCAGGAGACGGUAGCUGGAUUGUAUACAUGCACCUUCCUCUCAAACAGUUAUAUGCGAUCGAAUCUGAUCCCAAUCGCAUUCUACUUCCGAUUCAACAAGUUUUCUUAGCUUCCACUUAGAAAUAUCAUACAAAUACAAAGGCAAGCACCUAAUGAAGUGGGAAUUUGGUUAAGCGUACUUACAAAAUAUUUUUAACCUUUCUAAUUUUCUUUAUUUUAUGCAGU